CCUGCUCGUGGAAGGGAGGAGGAGGAAUGUGGAAGGCAGCGGCGCGCAGGCUGACAGGCGGUUCCUCAGGCGGGCUGCGGCGGCGGCCGAGGUGCCUCUCCUUCGCCGAGGUUGCGCGCCCCCUCUUCGCCGUGCCCCGGGCCCGCGCGGGAUUGUGCGUCCUCCCCCCUCGUCCCUGAAAGGGAAGGAACAGAGGCAGCGCGGCAACAGUAGCGGCGGCGCCCGGGAGCUCUAGCCAUCGCGGUGUCCCAGUCCCUCCCCCGCCGCACCCCGCCCGGGCAGAGAAGGGAGCGCGAGAGCCCUAGCCGCGGGAGGGCGGCGAAGAUGGCAGAGGCGCCGGCCUCCCCGGCCCCGCUCUCUCCGCUCGAAGUGGAGCUGGACCCGGAGUUCGAGCCUCAGAGCCGGCCGCGCUCCUGUACGUGGCCCCUGCAGAGGCCGGAGCUCCAGGGAAGCCCGGCCAAACCCUCGGGGGAGGUGGCCGCUGACUCCAUGAUCCCCGAGGAGGAGGACGAUGAAGACGACGAGGAAGGCGGUGGUAGGGCCAGCUCAGCCAUGGCGAUCGGAGGCGGUGGGAGCAGCACCCUCGGCACUGGAUUGCUCCUGGAGGACUCGGCCCGGCUGCUGGCUCCCGGAGGGCAGGACCCGGGGUCAGGGCCAGCUGCCGCGGCGGGUGCGCUGAGCGGGGGAACGCAGACGCCGCUGCAGCCUCAGCAGCCACUGCCACCACCGCAGCCAGGGGCGGCUGGGGGCUCCGGGCAGCCGAGGAAGUGCUCGUCGCGGCGGAACGCUUGGGGGAACCUGUCCUACGCCGACCUGAUCACACGCGCCAUCGAGAGUUCCCCCGACAAACGGCUCACUCUGUCCCAGAUCUACGAGUGGAUGGUGCGCUGCGUGCCCUACUUCAAGGAUAAGGGCGACAGCAACAGCUCUGCAGGCUGGAAGACCCUCAAACUGACACAAGACCUACAGAGAAAACCCUUUGCCAAAUCUGCUCUCAACAAGUGGACAGUGAUACUGUUUACAGCUUAACACCUUUGUGAACCCCAUGCCAUUUUCCUGACCCAGCAGAGACUGUUAAUGGCCCCUUACCCCAGGUGAAGCACUUCCUUGGAACAGAACUCUGUAUCUAAAGUAUGCAAAUCUUCCUUGUCCGGGGCCAUGCGCCACCUGCCAGCCAAGGACAGCGUCCUGCCAGCACCGCACCGCCCACCCUCCGUCAGAGCACACCGUGAGCCCCCUUUGGCAAUCGUGUGGUGUUUUCAUAUCGCAGUGGUUUAUGGGAUGUUUUGAGUGGUGUUUUGUGUUUGUUUUCCUUUGACUUUCCGAGUUUUUCACAUGCAUUAACUUGCGGUAUUUUUCUGUUGAUAUGUUAACCAUUCUUCCCCUGGCAGAUUUAAAAACAGAAGGACACUGUACCAGUUACCAUUUUGGCUUUGGGCAUCACAGGGGUUUGAGCCGUGGAACUCCAUAAACUAACAAUUACAUAAACUAGAGGGGGAUGUUCUUUCUUCUUCUGUUCAGUAGAAAACUAUCCUUGUCUAAGAACUGAACAAUGGCACAACUGUUUGCUACGCCAACCAGGCCAGGACUGAACCUGCACGGGCAAAACGAAUGGAACCCGGCCCCCCACUCAGAGUGUUUCAGUUCUGAGUCGGGGGCCUGGGGUGAGACCCCAGCACCUGGUCUGCGGUGGCCGGGUCUGUGGGCUUAGUGUCCUCCUGCCAGUCCCCUCAGCUAAUGCAGGGAUGCUGUGGUGGUUAGAAAUGAGGAUCUUUUCAGGAAGGAAAUCAGCUCAGCUGUCCACUGAUUGCCAAAUGCCACUAAAAGAUUUAGUUUUAGGGAGAAAAGGAAAAAGAGUUCUGUUUUACGUUGCAGAAAAAAAUGAACUUGCAGGUGAGCACUAAGGCCACAGUGAGAAACCUGUGAAAAGUACAAACCCAAGUCAAUGUGGAGGGAGUUCUAGGUUCACCGUUUUCCUAAAGACACACCCUGAUUCUUUCAGCCUUGCUGUGUAUAAUCUGAUCUACUAGAUGUGAGUGAGAGGCAGUAGCAUACAAACUGAUUUUUUAAUUAUAAUCUUAGAUUGUAAUUGUACCAGUGACACAAUGGAGUACAAGAUGGGGCAGUUUCGACUUUCCCCCCCUACUUUCCUGCUUCUAUGGAUUUCAUUUUGUUUUGUUUUCAAAAAGUCACGGUGCUGUAUAGGUGCUUUCUGUUUAACCUGGAACGUGUGAUUAUACUACUACCGUCUUCGGUAGACAGAAUAGUUGGGAACAGCUUUGGUACAUGUGAAACUGGUGUGACGAUGCUCUGAUUAGCACAGCAUAUGCAUACUUCUCCAAAGUGAUAUAUGAAGACUCUUUUCUUUGCAUAAAAUGCAUUAGGCAUAUAAAUGUAUAAAUAUAUGUUACCAUGUACAGUACAAAAAUGGAACAUUCUGCAUGGACGUUAGGAACACAGGCUAGUGCUUCAGCACAGACCUCCCUGCAUGAGUUCUCGCUGGCGCUCGCACCGCGCAGUGGGCACCGGCUCCCUUCCACCAAGACAGACGUGCCGCCUGACCCCCUGCGCUCGCCACCGGCCCCCAGGGGCCCCCUCGUGCACCGUGCUUUAUAAUCCCUCCGGAGUAAUAUUGGUGGUGAUGACAGCUCCUAGCAUAACGAGAGUUCCAUUCGGUAUUGUCACACGCCUCUCCCGCCUCGCUUGGGUUGUCACGUUUGAGCGAUGGCCCUGUUGAUUUCAUCCUGCCUUCUGCUGAACCUGUAAAUUGUUGUGCAGUUGUGGUUAGAGUAGACACGUAGCGUAUCGCCUUUCUAAACUGCUACAAGUUUAUAAUUUUCAUUUUUAAAGUAUGUAUAAUUUUUUAAAUAUAUAUUCUAUUCACAUGGUCUGCUUGUCAGUGAGACAAACUUUUGCUUACUAUAUUUCUUUAUAUGAUGCUAGCCACUUCCUUGAUUCUUUGGUAGCCUGCUUCAUACAAGAACUGUCCAGUAUCGGCGAGAGGGCUGCCUCUCUGGGUACCUAAGCAAUGUUGCCCUGAAUGGGGUUGUAGUUCAGAGUCAGCAGCAGCAGCCUGUGGAGAUGGGGGGUAUUGGAUACAAAGGAGAAUCCAGAGUGCUUCCAACAGGAGGGCGCUGAGAGUUUCUCUCCUAAGCUCAAAGAAAUGAGCAAACUAACAAACUAGCUUUUUGCUUUUACAGUUAGUUUUAUAGAUCCUGGGAGCUACUUCGGGAGUAAGAAAGGCAACCAGCCCUCAAAUGUUUUCAACGUUAAAUGUUGCAUUCCUUUCAGACAUGUGACAUCUCGUUUAUUCUCUCCCCCACCCCCAGUAUUUGUUGGAUUUCAGGCAGAAUGUCUUACAAAAUGUUCCAGAAUCAGAUUAUAAUUUAAAGGACCUGAGGGAGGGACUGACUAAAUAUGAGAGCAGGGCAGCCGCAGGACAGGAAAAUGGAGGGGAAGAGGUGCUUUGAAUUUUUUUUUAAGAUUUUACUUAUUUACUUUUAGAGAGGCGAAGAGAAGGAGAGAAACAUCAAUGCAUCACUGCCUUUUGAGCACCCCUCACCCCACCCCCACCCCCCACCCCCCCAACACUUGGGACCUGGCCUGCAACCCAGGCAUGUGCCCUGACUGGGAAUUGAACCAGCAACACUUUGGUUCACAGGCUGGCAGUCAAUCCACUGAGCCACACCAGCCAGGUGAUUUUUUUCUUUUUCUUUUUAAAUAACAGCAUCUCCAUAUAGAGAGUUGUGGAGCACUGAGGUCAGGGUGAAGUCAGGUGCCAGCAUCAGUCCCAGGAGGGGUCCGAAUGGAACAGUUAGGCUCGUGCAGGAUCAUAGCAGCCCCUCCGUUGUCCUUGGCUCUGCUCGACUGGCCUCCCACCCACAGGCCAGGUUCUGAAGUGGGCGCACUAGACAGAGGUUCGCCCUGAGCCCUCUGCUGCCCAUACUGAGAUCUGCUUUCAGGAAGGACCACCUGUUAGCCACCAUGUGGAGUCCUGAGUGUCAUGGGUUCCUCAAAGUAAGUUUCUGAUCGGGCACAUCUCGGCAGAAUGCUUAGUAGCUUCUGGGGCCUGGCUGCCCUCGUGUUUGCAUUCGGAAGAGAACUGCCUGAGGCAGCCCUUGGCCUCAAAACAAGCUGCUGCAGGGAGCCUUCCACUUUCUGAUGGGACAUUGGAAGGUUGACUGAUAUGGGAAGCAUGACACGUCAUAGGCUUUUGCUGUCCUGGUGCAGGCCCUGACCACCGGGUUCCGUGUACCCCGUUAACUGUGAGUGAUGCUGAGGUCCGUCUCCUGUAAGCGCAUCCUCUGUAAUACAGUGAUGGCUGAAACACAUGUUUAAAAACUUCAGGAGUUUCUUUCCUGUCAACGGGAAUGCCAUGCAUACAUACAGGCAGACUCUGUGUGUUCGGGGUUGGGUUUGGGCCUCGCCUGUGUGUCACUUCCCCUCCCCGGGGAGAGGACCUCUGGGCUCGCUGCUCAGGACAGACAUGCCCACUCUCAGGGUGUCAUCUCAGGUGGUCUCCAAACCUGUCAAAGACGGUAGGCACAGACUUCACCGCUGCCUAAUGGACCCUCCACUUAAAGAAUAAGGAACCUUUGAACCUCACGACUGUUGAGAGAAAAGAAGCCAAGCAGCCCCUUCCAUUGGAGCACUGAAAGCCACGGCUGGUGGGGGGAAAUACAAAUGUUAUCCCCGGCUCGAAUGCAGAAGCAACACCCUGGCAGCUCUGAACUCUGAUUUCCUUCUUCUGGCUGUAUUUGGGGAACAUUGUAUGAUUAGGCAUAAUGUUAUUUUUUUUAAUUGACAAAAGCAAAAUUUUUGACAGAAAUGCAAUCACUGGCUCAGAGGUACAGAGAAGCCAGCCUCUCCUGGAGCUCGGGGGAGGCGGGGCCCUGAAGGGAAGGAAGUCCUCCUGAAGCCCCGUCUGUCAGACAGGACCUCAAAGCGGAUGCCCACGAAAUGAAGAAGAGUGUAUUCUUUUUUAUCCAGGUCUUUCAUGGGUAACAUUUUAUGCAUUCUGAGUGAAUGAAAUAUUUUCCUCUUGUCUAAUCUUAUUUGUAUUUUUCUUUGACAAAUGAUUGGUGAUGAGGCCUCUACCACACUUCAGAAGUAUUUGUGUGGCUGCUUUUAAAAAUUGCUUGUCUGGUCACUUAUUUCUCUAAAAUUAUCUCAUUGCCUGGCAAUCAGUCUUCUCUCGGAUACUUGUCUGAGCACAUCAUUUAUGUACAUGGGAAAUGUAAACAGGUGUGAAGGAGGACCAGAAAAAUUAGUUCAUAUUUUCAAAAAUGUAUUGUGCAUUUUGGCUUCACACGUUGAACUUUUUUAAGAAAAAAAGUUGCAUGAAUGGGGGGAAAAUCUGUAUACAGUAUCUGUAAAACAGUCUUAUCUGUUUCAGUUUCUUGCUCAUACCCCACACAACUAGAAUUAAAUCCGGUGCAUGGCCACAUUCCAACACCCACGAGUCGAGCAGUCAGUGCCCUGGUUCGAAGCGCCUCAUCCUCCCUUCAAAGUGGAUACUAUCAUUGCAUUUUUAUUGAGGAUUUUGUCCAACCCUAUGUUGCCAUGAAUUAACUCUACCGACUUUCUUUUCAAGAAUCAAAGCCAGUUUGAUUUGGGAAUCUUCCCCUUUCCAAAUGAAAUAGAGAUGCAGUACUUAACUUUCCUUGGUGUUUGUAGAUAUUGCCUUGUGUAUUCCAUUUAAAGCAGUAACCUAGUUUGUAAAAGAGAUGGUGACGCAUGUAAAUAAAGCAUCAAUGAACACUC